CGCUCACAAAGCAUAAGCAGGGACGGACGGACGGACGGAAAGGAGAGACGACGGCGAUGGAGGUAGCGGAGGGUGGUGACGGAACGGACCUGGAUCGGAGGGUCAUGGCGGCCGUGAAGGCAGCGGAGGAUCGGGGUGAUCCGCCGCUGUUACGCGCCGUGGAGGCGGCGCGGUGCGUGCAAGAACGCGGCCUGGGUCUCCCCAACGUCGAGCUGGCCCACGUCUUGGUCUCCAAUCUCUGCUUCGCCAACAACACACCGGAACUGUGGAAGUUGCUCGAUCAGGCCAUGGCGUCCCGCUUGGUCUCCCCCAUCCACGCCCUGGCCCUCCUCACACCUAGGGUGAUUCUUCAUCGACAGGUGCAACCGGAGGCCUACCGGCUUUAUCUUGAACUCAUGAACCGUUAUGCCCUCUCUUCUCUUUCGGUUGAGGCCGGAUUUUGCCGAGACAAGAUUAUAAAAUCUGUUGAUGAUGCUCUACGACUUUCUGAUACAUAUGGGGUUCAAGAGAUGGAUGUUGGACAUGCAAUUGUUUUGUUCAUCAUGACUAUUAUCACAAAUUUGAUUGAUUGUACAAUUGAAGAUUGUGGACUUCUUGGUAGUGCAUAUGCUAAUGGAGGAAAUCAACUAAUGGAGAUAGACAUGACAACAAAUUUAAAUGAGAAAAGGAAUGAGCAUCGUGAAUAUCUGCGUCAAAGUAAUGCAUUAAUGGCUAUUGAAGUGGUUGAAAAAAUUUCUUCAAAUAGAAGAGCAAAAGUCUUCCUUCGCCUCAUCCACAUCAACAUGCCUGAGAAGUUCAAUGGUCUACUUCAGAGACUACAAACUGUUGAAUCCAACAAAUCAAAGUCAGACAAGUUGUCAUCCAUAAAUAAUGUGUUUGAUAAGUUGUUCAUGAAUAUAAAGAGGGCGAUGAGUAGGGAGCUCCUAAAUAAGCAUCAGCUUCUUGGAGCUCUGGCUGAUCCUGGGCCAUGUAGCUUGAAUUCUUGCAACAGUUUUGGAGCUGGAAGGGAUGCCUGUUGGAUUCCUGUUGAUGUAUUCAUGGAGACUACAAUGGAUGGGAAGCAUCUAUAUGCUAUAUCUUGUAUUGAGGUUCUUACAGAAUUGACCAAAACACUCCAAGUAAUUAAUCAGGCAAGCUGGCAAGAGACAUUUCAAGCUCUUUGGGUUUCAGCUCUUCGACUUGUGCAACGAGAUCGAGAACCCCAGGAAGGGCCAGUCCCACACCUAGAUGCACGACUUUGCAUGCUACUUUCACUUGUCCCUUUGGCUAUCCUUUCUGUUGUCAAGGAUGAUCAUGAUACACCUAUUCCUGUCAGCAAUAGUCCUAUGAGAAGUAGCCCACAUGGACGUGAAGGAAAUAACUUUACUUCUAGACGGCAUGGAUUGAUAUCGUCCCUUAAGACUCUGGGACAAUUUUCAGCACUUCUCUCACCUCCUCCAUCAGUUGUCAAUGCAGCUAAUAAUGCUGCCACAAAAGCAGCCAUCUUUGUUUCUAAUUUCAAGGCUGGGAAUAACAACCUAAAUGUUGGGCGUAAUGAUACUUCUAUAAGAGCAGUUGGGAACAUGUUACAUCUAAUAGUUGAUGCCUGUAUUUCAAGGAAUCUGAUUGAUACGUCCGCAUACUUCUGGCCUGGUUAUGUUGUUCCUUCUGCAUUAUCAAAAGAUUCAACUUCAUUUCAAGACUCUCCUUGGUCAACCUUCCUUGAAGGGGCUCCACUCACUGGUUCAUUGAAAAGCUCCCUCAUGAUGACUCCUACAUCAAGUUUUGUGGAAGUGGAGAAAAUGUACAACGUUGCACUAAUUGGAUCAGAAGAAGAAAAACUAGCAGCUGCUAAGAUUCUAUGUGGUGCAUCUCUUCUCCGUGGCUGGAAUGUCCAGGAACACGUUGUGCGUAUUGUAGUCAAAAUGCUAUCUCCUCCUAUGCCUUCUGAUUCUUCAGCUCCAGGAGCAGGGAAUUAUUUAAUUGGUCACAUGCCUGUCCUCAGUGCUAUUUUAUUUGCAAUUUCUGGAGUGGAUACUGUUCACAUUCUUUCUUUGUAUGGCAUGGUUCCAGAAGUUGCAGCAACUUUAAUGCCACUUUGUGAGUUCUUUGGGUCACUCUCACCCCUUUCCAGUCAUAGAUCAAGCACUUCUGAGGAAUCCUCUGUUUACACAGUUUUCUCCUGUGCAUUCCUCUUUCUUCUUCGGUUGUGGAAGUUCUACAAGCCACCUCAGGAACACUGUAUAGCAGGUCGUGGAGGUCCUGUUAGGCUGGAAUUAACACUAGACUAUCUCUUACUGAUGCACAAUAGCCGUUUGGGUGUGCAGAACUCUCCUGAUGCAGAUAGACUAUCUCUUUCUAAUGCACCGCCAAGUCAACCAGUUUACAUUGACUCAUUUCCAAGACUAAGGGCUUGGUACUUCCAGAAUCAAGCUUGUAUAGCCUCAACCCUUUCUGGUCUUUCUAGUAAAAAUCCUGUCCACCAACUUGCUAAUAAGAUUCUGAGCAUGAUUUGCCGAAAAAUGUCAAAAUGUGGACCUGUUUCUGGUAAUCCUUCAUCAAACUCAAGCAGCAGCAUAAGUGGAUCACCUGUUAAUUCAACUGAAGAUUCUUUUCAAAGACCAAUGCUCCCUGCAUGGGAGAUACUAGAAGCACUUCCCUUUGUUCUUGAAGCUGUUUUGACUGCAUGUGCCCAUGGGAGGCUCUCAUCCCGUGAAUUGACUACAGGUUUGAGAGAUCUUAUGGAUUUCCUGCCUGCUUCUAUUGCUGCUAUAAUUAGUUAUUUUUCUGCUGAGAUUACUCGGGGAAUAUGGAAACCUGUUUCAUUGAAUGGAACAGACUGGCCCAGCCCUUCUCCAACUCUUCUCUCGAUGGAGUCUGAAAUAAAAGAAAUCCUUGCCUCUGUUGGGGUUCAUAUCAACAGUUGUUAUCCACGUAUGAAUUCUGUUCUUGUUCUUUGGUGAUUCUCACUAUCUCAAUUUUGUUAUUUGUCUGAUUUGCCAGUGCUAGUUGUGUUGUUUCUGCCAUUUGCUUUCCUUUUUGUUGGCCUAGAUCUUUGGAAAACCAAAGAUUUAAUUGAUGGAAAAAAUUCUAUUGUUUGGAAUAAAGGAGAAAAAUUUACAGUCAUAUUUAUGACUUUGACAUGACACAUCAUAUUAUAAUGUUCAUAUAACAACUAUUGCUGACACUCACCUCAUGUAUGACAUAGAUUGAUGUAGAUAUCUAGCUUGUUAGAUAAUAUAUAAAAAGUUCCUCAACUAGGAAAAAAAUGAUAAGAUACCCUAUGAAGAUGAUGAUAAAAAACUGCUAAAAUGGUUUAGAUACUAGGUGGAAUUCUCUAGGCUAAAGUUGGGGACAGUCUUUGAAUAAGACUUUGACUUGAUAAGAUCUUCUAAGGAAUUGAUAAAUCUUGGUUAACUCCCUCUAUAGUUGAAGAUACCCCAUGGUACUGAUGUUCCGAAUAUGAACUAACAACUUGUGAGCAUGGUUUAAAGUGCUAUGCCGAAAUGGUCGAAACGGGCAAAAUGUCUCGUUCCGCUCGACGACCGGUACCGGCACGACCUCGGCACCAGGCCCACGACAGGUGUGACGUGUUGCGCGAUCCCGUGGUAGGGGUCGCUCAACCCUUCAACAGUAGCGGAGAGGUCACAUAACCCUUCCGCUGUCGCCGUGGAGAUAUCGUGCAACCUUGCGGUCACUGUAGAGGGUCACACGACCAACGUGGUCGCGCCGAAGGAGUCAUGCAAUCCCUGCGGCCAUGGUUGGUCGCGCAACCCUGCGACAUCACCGAAGUAGUGCGGGCUCGAGAGUGGUGUCGGAUUUCAAAUUUUUUAUAAUUAAACUUAGGUUAAUUUUUUUAAUAAACUCCUAGUUAUGGUGGAGAUAAUUUAAAGAGAUUUUAUUAAACCCUAAUAAAAUUAUCUAAUUAAUUUUAUAUUUCAUUUAUUUUAAUUUAAAAAUU